AUGAAUAAAACAUUUCAAAGCCGUCAAAGAUCUCCUAGGCUAGCCUCCUGAGUUGAGAACUCGCUCGCUGGCUUCUGCAGAUGCCAAGCUGAGACGCCCCACUCCCAGAUUAACCAGAGUAAGCUUGAGCUCUGGCUGCAAUCAUGUAAUGGGCGAGCUUGGUUCCUACAAUUGUUGGUGACGCCAAGUUGCUGUUGAAAGUGGACCAACUACUGCGAAAACCAAACAUGGCUGCCAUCAAUUGCGGAUGGAGAUGCAUUAAAUGCUCUUUUCAAGUACAUGCAAGCAUCCUACUGCUUCUGUGUUGGAGGCCAUAGACAAGAAAAUACUUCUGCAAAGUCUCUAGAGGUUCCAGAGUCUUUGCACAAAGUUUCUCAACAAUUUGUUCAUCUCAAGCUUGAACAAUCUGAAGAAUCAAAAUCGAUCCCCAAAACUGAGGCUGACAAUCUUUUACAAGUGAAGGCUCCAGCAAGACACCAACUAGAUCAUGGUCUCUCUGAGAUUGAUGAAGAGCUUGAAGAAUCCAGUCUAAACUAUAAGACUAGGAAAGAUGUUGUCUACAAGGCUGCUUUCAGAAGGAUGAAGAAGUACUUCACUCAAGACUUCCAAGUAGCCUUUCAGGAUCAUUUUGAGCAAAGAGAUUAUUUGAUUAGGCUUCAAGAGUACUGCUCUCUCAAGUUCCCAGAGAGCAACACUUCCCAAGCCUGAAUGAUGCUUGACUUCAUCAUCAACCCCAAGAACAAACUCGGAGUCAUUCCUCACGUAAACAGACACCUCAAGAGGCAGGUUGGCAAACUCAUGAGUUGUUACAGCCUGAAGCUGUUCAGACAGAUUGAGUUCAGGCCUGAGUUCUUGGAGAUCCUACUGCACUUCUUGACCAUCGAAGGAGUCGGCAGGAUGAUCUUUAAAGACCACAGAGCGUGUUUCCAAAGCAGAGUGCAAACUCAUCUGCACCAACUAAAAGAGAGAGCCUUCUGGAUAACAAACCCCAUGUCUGGAUAACAAUAAUUCGAUAAAAUCCUGC